AUGUUCGCUCUAUUUACACCCUGGACGGGCCUGAAUUGUCCAUUUAAUCUUUGGAGUUUGAAAGAUGCACUAAAUGGACAAUUCCAGUUCGCAAAUGCUGGCAUCAUUGAUGAAUACAUUGAAAAGAGCAAGGCCAACAAGGAAUUGAAUGACAAGAAGAGGCUGGCCACAAGUGGUGCAAACUUUGCCCGAGCUUUUACAGUUCAAUUUGGUACAUGCAAAUUCCCUGAAAACUUCACUGGCUGCCAAGCAGAAAAAGUACCAUUUAUUUUAGAUGACUUGGAGUUGGAGUGCAAAGGGAAGGACAAAUACAAGUGUGAAAUGGUGAAAUGUUGUAUUAUUGUUCACCUCAAAUAACUACAUUUUCUCAAAACUGAAACUUGAAUUCUCUUAAUUCUUCAUUUUUCAUUUUAGAAUAUGUAAUAUAUUUUCUCAUUAUAA